AUCCUCUUCCUCCUCCUCCUCCUCCUCCUCCUCUUCUCUCCAGCCAUCGACGAAACUUCAGAGCCGACUUUACAGUUUGCAGCCGUCGGAUUAGUUUUCUUACGGGGUGCUGCUGUGAGGUGAAGCAGCGGGAGUCGGUAUGUGAACGUCUCUGCGGCUCAAACUCGAGACGUCAGCGGGGAGAUGAGCUCCAGCUCGUAGCCAACGGUUCUCCACUAGACCUUCUCCGUUCUCCUGCGUCUCCUCCUGAAGUGUGCCCGUCGAUUCAAUCAUGGCUCGUGGUUGCGUCUGCUGCGUCAAGUACAUGCUCUUCCUCUUCAACCUGCUCUUCUGGCUGGGCGGGUGUGGAUUGUUGGGUGUUGGCGUGUGGCUGUCGGUGUCUCAGGGCAGCUUCGCCACCCUGUCGCCCUCCUUCCCGUCGCUCUCCGCCGCCAACCUCAUCAUCACCCUUGGCACGGUCGUCAUGGUGACGGGGUUCCUGGGUUGCCUGGGUGCCAUCAAGGAGAACAAGUGCCUGCUGUUGAGUUUUUUCAUCGUUCUGCUGAUCAUCCUCUUGGCCGAACUUAUCCUCCUCAUCCUGUUCUUUGUCCACACCGAGAAGGUGAGUGAAAAUGCCAGACGGGACCUGAAGGAAGGGCUGGUGCUGUACAAAACAGAUAACAAUGCAGGCCUGAGCGAUGCAUGGGACACCAUACAGGGAGAGUGGCAUUGUUGUGGCGUGAUGAGUCACAAUGACUGGUACGCUGCUCUGCAUGAAAACGUGGUUCCCGACCGCUGCUGCCAGCAAUUUUACCAGGACUGUGGUCGCAACGCCUCCAACGCCUUCUGGACACGGGGUUGCUAUGAUAAGGUGGAGGAGUGGCUGGAUGACAACAAACACCUUCUGGGAACCAUCGCCAUGGGUGUGCUGGUCAUACAGCUCCUUGGUAUGGCUUUCUCGAUGACGCUUUACCAACAGAUCCACCGAGCAGGGAAGAAGUAUGAAGCCUGAAGGGAUUAACAACGUCAUACUGUUAAUACCAGCCUGUCACAUCUGUUACCCUCACCUUUUGUUUAUAGGACAAACAAGACAGAUAAUGUGUGCCACUACCGCCUUUUAUCUUACAUUUCUUCAUUUAUACAACCAUGUAUUGUUGUGAAUAGUAUUCAAACUAGUUUUUCUUAUGGUUAAAUCACAUUAUAAUGUGUGUUUUCAUGUUAAGUAUUGUGUGUAGAGGAUUGGUGUCUGACAAGCAGCACUGAGAACAAAGACUGAGCAGAGGAGAAUAGGGGUUGUUUUAGUCGCCUAAAGCUAUGCCUGUGGAAAAAUCUAUUGAUACAUUUAGAUGAAACAAGCGUUGUGUACUAACAUGUUCAAUAAAAGCACUCUUUACAAAU